GUUCUACUAUCACCACAACCGAUAUAGAUUAUCUGCCGACCUCACAUAUUAUCAUACCAAAUCUUUGCGAUCAUGACCAGCGUGACAGCUUCCAAUGCGAAAUUCAGCAAGGCUCGCUUCGCAAGGAGGCUAGUUCGUCACAAAAUCGCUGCAGAGCUCAAUGCUCUUGAACGGAGGAAUGAACAAUCACCGCUUGGCUUCCAAAGCUCGAAGCCAUACACUCACAACACGCUGCCUCCCGACCCAAACUACCAAGGUCACAAGAGAGUUGCGCAUGGUGGUGAUGGAGAACAACCCCCUCGCAAGGUGUGCAUCGUGGGCGCAGGAGUUGCAGGGCUUUACAUUGCCAUGAUCUUGGAUAGUCUGGAAAUUCCCAACCUCACUUACGACAUCCUCGAGGCUGAUUCCAGGGUCGGCGGUCGCGUCUACACUCAUUACUUCAGCAAAGAGCCACAUGACUAUUACGAUAUCGGCGCUAUGCGGUUUCCUGAGAUCCCGAUUAUGAACCGUACAUUGAAGCUCUUCGAUCUUCUGAAUGUGCCCACCAUGGACUACGUACUGAAAAAUGACCGGGCGCCCAACUUAUUCAAUGAUCGUCUCUUGUCUGGAGGUCCCGAUCCCUAUCAUGUCAGCAUCAAAAACGGUGGCUCUGUUCCUGAUGAAGUGGUCGACGACGUGGACAAAAUCAUUGGAGAUAUCUUCGGCGUCUUUAAGAAGAGAAUGGCCGAAAACUUUGAUUCAGGAUUUAAGAAACUCAUGGAAUACGACGAGUUCAGCACACGAGAGUUCCUGAAGAGAAUGGUGUCUGGCCCAUUGCAAGAGAAACUCUACAAUUUCUUUGCUAUCCAGUGGAUGGAGACACAGGGUACUUCGACCAAUCUCUUCGACCAGGCGUUUUCGGAAAGCGUGAUGGACUCAUUCGACUUCGACUACCCAACAAAGGACCCAAACACACCGGUGAAAUGGCUCUGCAUUGACGGUGGGACUUCUGUCCUUACCAACGCCAUGCAGAAAGCCCUGAAAUCGCAGCCUGAAGUCAAGAAAAGAGUGGAGGCCAUCUCGAUCAACCGGAAGUCCACAGAAGAUGGGAACAUGUCCAUCAAAUGCGCCGAUGAGACUGAGCCCCGUGCAGGUUACAGCACUGUUUUCAACACCACGACUCUAGGCUGCCUUGGCCGUAUGGAUCUUCGUGGCCUCGACUUACACCCUUCCCAGAAGGAUGCCAUCCGAAGUCUGCACUACGACGAAUCAGUGAAGGUGGCCCUGAAGUUCAAGUAUCCUUGGUGGAUUGUGAAGUGUGGCAUCAAAGGCGGAGUCGGCUCUACCGACUUGCCCCUACGCACUUGCGUAUACCCGUCGUACAACAUCCAUGACGACCCAACAAAGCCCGCAGUCCUCCUGGCCUCAUACACAUGGGCACAAGAUGCGACGCGCAUGGGGUCUCUGGUCGACCGACAGAAACCACCGCAGAACGAGGGCGAGCUCAUCGAGCUGAUCUUGCGGAACCUUGCCCGCCUGCACGCUGAACACAUCAGCUAUGACGAGAUCAAGGAGGCAUAUGCGGGGCAGUACCAUGCGUACGCCUGGUCUCAUGACCCGAACACUGCGGGUGCUUUUGCUCUCUUCGGCCCGGGCCAAUUCAGCAACUUAUACCCGUACUUGUCACGGCCGGCGGCUGAUAGCAAAUUCCACAUUGUGGGCGAAGCGUCAAGCGCCCAUCAUGCUUGGAUUGUUGGGGCUCUCGAUAGUGCUUAUAUGGCUGUGUAUCGGUUCCUUUAUCGGUACCAGAUGUGGGACGAAAUCGAAAAAUUGAAGGAGAAGUGGGAUUUGGUGGAAGAGUUGGAGGUGGGAGAGGAGGGAACGGUGCAUCUGCAAGUCAUGCUUGGCCAACUCCGAAAGAAAUUCCAGUACAGGGUUUGAAAGCUCGAGUAAUAUGUUAUUGUUGGUUUAGCUAUCUCUUUAUGGGGCCUUUCGGAGUAAUGCAUCGGAGUCCAGACAACUAUAUACAACCAAUGGUUAAUGUCAUGAUGACAUGUUUGCGAAAUAUCCCUGUUAUUUUACCUACCCAGGUACGUAGAGAUGUGGCUGAUGAAAGCUGAGCAGACCUUAGGUACAUAAAUAGGUAGCCAUAUAGCCAAUUAAUUCACCCAUAUGGUGCUAA